AUGGUUGGUAUUGGUUGUUACUAUAACGAUGGAAGAGAAACUGUAGCUAGUGAGCAGAGCAUGUCUGGCAGUAUCUCAGUUAGAUUAGGAAAGCCGCACUUCUCCUCGACUUUUUCAGAGGAAUCCUACGAAACUUCGAUUGAUCUGUGUUUGGAGCAAGUUCCAGUUGGUAAUAAACCUGGAUCUCAUUUGUCCAAAGAGGGAUGGAUAAACCUUAUUGAUUCAUUCUACACAAGAACUGGUGUCAUGUUAAACACGGUCCAGUUCAAAAACCAUUGGGAUUCUGUGAAUAAGCAGUGGAGGAUUUGGUCUAAGUUGGUUACCACUGGUUACAUGAAAUGGGAUCCAGUUGCCAAAAAAUUUGGAGCCACUGCAAGGGAAUUGAAUUACUACAUCCAUGAAUACCCAGAACUGCCCCGUUUCGGCUGA